AUGGACAUCGAUUCCAAGAUCAAGGCCUACCGCUUCGUCGGUUAUGCCGCUCUCACUUUCUCCACCAUCGCCGUCCUAUCGGUGUGCAUCACCCUCCCUAUGGUCUACAACUACAUCCAUCACGCCCGCAAGACCGUGCACCACGACAUCGUCGAGUGCCGUGCCGAGGCCAAGAAGCUUUGGGGAGACGUCAACCACAUUCCAGACAUGGUGAUGGCCCACAACCGUACCGCCCGUCAGGCCGGAAACGGACAAUGCGAGGGCUGCUGUCUUCCAGGAGCGCAGGGACCACCAGGAACUCCAGGACGUGCUGGUCGUCCAGGAAAGCCAGGAGCGCCAGGACUCAAUGGCAACCCAGGACGCCCACCGAAGGAGCCAUGUGAGCCAAUCACUCCACCACCAUGCAAGCCAUGCCCGGAGGGACCACCAGGACCAGCUGGACCACCAGGACCACAAGGAAACAAGGGACCACUUGGACCACCAGGACCACCAGGACCAGGAGGACCAGACGGACAGCCAGGAAACAAGGGACCAGGAGGACCACCAGGACCACAAGGAAAGCCAGGACCAGGAGGACCGCCAGGAGAGAACGGACGCAACGGAGAGCCACAGCCAGGAGCUCCAGGAGAGCCAGGACGUCCAGGACAGCCAGGACCACGUGGAGCCGCCGGACAGCCAGGAAAGGACGGAUCUGCCGGAGCGCCAGGAGAGAAGGGAGCCAACGGAGAGCCAGGACAGCCAGGAAGAGAUGGACAGCCAGGGCGUCCAGGACAGCCAGGAAAGGACGGACACCCGGGAGAGAAGGGAGUGUGCCCCAAGUACUGUGCUCUCGACGGAGGAGUCUUCUUCGAGGACGGAUCCCGCCGUUAA